GUUUUAAUACCACUGCGAUCCAAAAGCUUGGAUGAGGAACCAUUGCGUGCAUAUGCUGGGCCUUUAUGUUUUGGCUUUAUCAUCAUAUUUCCAUCUGGUACAUGGGCGCGACUGCUUGGAUCUGCUUCACGAAGGUCAUACCGAUAGUGGCAUCUAUAACGUCAACCCAGAUGGAAAUAAUACUUUUUCCGUUUUUUGUGACCAGGAAACUAAUGGAGGAGGAUGGACUGUCUUCCAACGUAGACGGGAUGGUUCAGUUGACUUUUAUCUGAACUGGAUUGAUUACAAAAAUGGCUUCGGUAAUUUAUCCUCUGAAUUUUGGCUCGGAAAUGAGAACAUUCACAGAAUAACAUCUCAUAAUUCACAACUUUUAAUCGAGCUCAAAGACCAUGCAAACUUUACGGUGCAUGCGUCUUAUCAGUCCUUUCAAGUGGGCUCAGAGGACGAAAAGUAUGUUUUACAUUUUGCGGAGUUUUCUGGUACAGCGGGAGAUUCCUUUUCUGGUCAACACCAGGAUAUGAUGUUUAGCACAAAGGAUCGAGACAACGACUUUGCCAAUGGAACCUGUGCACAAUAUUCGACAGGGGCUUGGUGGUACAAAAAUUGCCAAUGGUCAAAUUUAAAUGGUCUGUACACUGGAGAAGGACCUGCGAGUGUUUCUUGGUACCACUGGAAGGGGGACUAUAUUCCUCUCAAGGAAUCCGAGAUGAAAUUAAAACCCCACCGAGAACGUGAGUGGUCAUAUAACCUGGUCUUCAGUGGGAGUCCAGCUGAUUACGUGCAUCUUCCUCGGAUCACUGACCUUCAGGAUGUCACGGCCUGUUGGUGGAUGAAGACCAAAGAAACGUCAAGCUGGUCAAAAGUAUUCUCACUUCAUCAACAUACAGAUCAAGUUGUCCUGAGCUUCUCCUUCAGGGGUACUGCCGACCAUGCCUUUCAAGUAAACAAUGAUGAGAUAACCUUCACCGUGCUGGAUGCCGUCGUAACAAAUGAUGAAUGGCACCAUGUGUGCAUUACAAGACUCUCUCUCAGUGGGAGCUGGAUGUUUUACACUGACGGCGUUAAGAGAGAAGAAGGGGUAGGCUUGGCCAGUAACUUUAGCACAGGAACCAGUUUCUUGAAGGUUGGAAUGUUUAGUGGCGUCAUUACUGGAUUCAACAUGUGGGAUAAAUACAUGAAAAUUACGUCUCAGAUUGAGGAAAUGGCGUAUGCGUGCUCAUCAAUGACCGGAAAUAUCGUACCGUGGCCGGAAGUAUAUUUAUGGCGGAAAGGAAAUGUUCCCAAAGUCAGCACUUCACUCUGUAUAUUUCAAGAGUCGUCACAUUGGAUCUUCAAAAAAUCUACUAUAUCGAAUGAGACUUAUGAUGGUCUCUCCGGUAAAAAAGGAACUUUCUUAACCGAGGACUGGGACUCACUAAAAGGCGCGGCCAGUGUCACGGCAUCAGAUUUCAUCGACUUCGACAAUUACGAAUCAGAGUGCCUGAGUGACCCAAGUCUUUGUCGGCAUGGAUUUUCGCUAAGUUUCUGGCUUCGACAUAAAUUUCGCUUCAUUACCAACAUCACUGGAUUUAGUGAUGAACAUGAUGUAUUUCUUGGAACUUUGCUGAAUGGUGUUCUUUCCCAAGAUGGAAACUGGUAUCGCUGUUUUAAAGCUUUUCCUGGCUGGCAAGGACAUGAUUUUCAUUCGGCAUGUGACGGAAAAGGACCAACGGUUACUUUCAUAAGAGUACGAGAAAACCUAUUUGGUGGAUUUCUCGACAAAAGCUGGGGAGGUAAUGACGGAUUUAUCAACAGCUCAAAAGCAUUCAUCUUCAGUUUAAAGAACUUACGGGGACUUGAUUCCUUCAAAAUGGACAUCAAGUCUGACCACUGGAGUAAAGCAGCCAAACAACAGAACCAGUCUGGCCCCAUAUUUGGCGAAACUGACCUUGUAAUUGACUCCAAUUCCACAGUGUCCAUGAAGUCGUCCACAGAUCUUCCCAAUGCUUAUCAAUUUCCUUCUCAUAUAACUUUGACAUCAGAUGAACAGGAUCACUUAUUAGCUGGUAGAAAAGGAUUUGUGGUAGAUGACUUGGAAACCUUUUAUUACGAAUUUUCUCCAUCAGUUCGCUGUCCAUCUGGCUGGGAGUAUUUCGAAGGUUCCUGUUACUGGCUGACGGACCACCAAGUAUCCUGGUCCAACGCCAUGACAUUCUGUCGUAAUCAUGGCGCAGAUCUUCCCAAAGUGUCGUCUGCUGAGGAGAAUGAAUUCCUCAAAAGGAAUGGAAAGUACUGGUGGCUGGGUCUGCAACGAGACGACACACAUAGGAGUAUAUUCAAGUGGAGCGAUGGGUCUUUGCCAACCUAUACUAACUGGAAUAACAAUGAACCUAACGAUUAUGGAGGAAAUGAGGCCUGUGCUUCCUAUCAUGAAACAGAUACGCGCCAGUCGUUGAAGUGGAAUGACUACGGCUGUGGAGGAACAAGACACGUUGCUUGCGAAAAAGAAAGCAUAGAUGUCAUUCUUACAACGAAAAGCAUCGCUGCACACAAUCCUGGUGUUCUUUUUGGAUACAGCGAGUUUGAAAACAAGUACGUUCUUGCGGGGUCCACGAGAACCCAUAAUUGGGAAAUACGGCUCCCGGAAUUUCCCCUGGGCUGGCAACACGUGGGUAUCACUUGGAGUAAACAGUGGGGACUACGCUUCUAUCAAAAUGGCAGCCUAACAGCGGAUUCAAGCAAUCCUGUAAGGAUUCGUUACGAAUUCGGGGAUAAAUUUACACUUUUUUUAAUUGGACGAGAUUCGUCCGAUUCACCCUUACCAAGAAGAUUCCACUUACAGAUUGCUGAUUUAAGGAUUUGGGAGUCGGUUAUUCCUCAACAAAGAAUGGCUGCUGUUCAUAGUAAAGCAGCCUUCCCUUGGUAUGCGUGGAAAAGCGAAUACGGACCCAACUUCCAGUGGAAGCUAACACAACUUCGUCAGGAAGAUAAUCUUGGAGAUUUAAGCGACGUUGAAAAUCCCUUCACACUAGAAUACGAAUACAAUCAUAUUGGAUGUUUUAAAAUUGACUCUGGAUCCCUGAUACCGAGUUUGGAUGGUACCGACCCUUUGCUGGAUGGGAACUGGACCACUAGAGUAGAUGUUUUCAAGAAAUGUCUCAACGCUGCGCGAAGAAGAGAUAUUACAGUGUUUGCUAUCAAACAUGGCGGUGAAUGUCUUUCUUCCCCAGGCAACCAUUUAGAUUUUAUCGCAGAAUAUGCACGUUCUAACAUGUGUGUUGAUAACAAAGGUGGACUCAAUGCCAUGGAUCUUUACUUUAUUAUAGUUAACUACAAUGCUGCAGUUCGAAGGCCGACCUCCCAAUCGAGCGACAUUAAUUCCUCAUCCUUCGCCACUGAUGGCAGUCGUUAUAAUUCGCCCUCAGAAAAAUGUAGCCUUACAACCUCGGAGAAAGAUCCAUGGUGGCAAGUGCACCUGGAAAGAGACGUAUUGGUUCGUGAUGUAUAUGUCUUUGUGUAUUAUGAAUACCAAAAGAGCGUAUUGUUGGAGAUAAGAAUUGGAAAUCAUGGUGGGUCAAGUUUAAAGGAAAAUCCUAUAUGUGGCAGUCCAUUUAGAUUGAGGAACUCAGCUUGGCAAAGAACUCGUUGCCCUGUGCCUCUACGAGGGAGAUAUGUGGGCAUUACGAGGAUUGUGAACGACGGAAAUUUGCAACUUUGUGAGGUAGAGGUUCGAGAAGAAGUAAUACACUACGCCCAAUCGAGCUUGGCUUACCCUCGACAAAUCGGAAAUCUCUCUGUUCUGGAAAGCCAGUUCCUUGUGGAGACGUUUAAUUGUUUGAGCUUUGAUUACUACAUGUCCGGAGAAAAUGUGGGCAGAUUAAAUGUCUACAUUGUUGGUCAAGAUGGCAAGGUAUCGUUGUCAUGGCGACUGGCUGGUAGCCAAGGAGAUGACUGGGAACUUGGUCAAUUUCGCAUUGAUGCAGCCCAAGGUUUUAAGGUUAAAUUUGAAAGUGUCAGCGAAGACAAUAGCAAUGGUCAGAUUGGCGUCCGAGACAUUUCAGUAGGUGUUAGCGGCGACUGUGCAUGUGCUCCAACCCAAGCCUGCACGAAACCAGGUUUUCAGUCGAAUAUCAUUGGUCACAAUUUUCAAUAUCAAGACCAGCUGAUGCGGUGGCUUUCUGAGGUAGAAUUUGGUGAGAAGUACUGGGCUCCAUGUUAUAGAGGCACAAAGGAUGGUUGGUCAAAAGAAGUAUUUCAUGCCAAAUGCGAUAACGCAGGCCCGACGGUAACCUUGGCAAGAAGGGGUCACCAUCUCUUUGGCGGCUUCAGUGAUCAUAGCUGGCAAAGCUAUAAUCAAGCACGAAUUAUUCCAUCAAAUAAAGCUUUCCUCUUCAGUCUAAAACCAGUCGGCAAUGAGCCUACGAAAAAGCUGACCGUACUUAAAGAGAAAACCUACCAGGCCAUAAGGAGUGACAAGUCCAAAGGACCAUGUUGGGGUGAAGAUCAAGACCAGCUUUGUUUUAACGACCAAGAAGUCACAACAGGAAUCAAUGUUGGUGGUGUCUUCGAUAUCAGUGGAAUUUCCAGUCCCAGCUCAUAUUUAAUGUGGAGAUCUCCUUCACCAGCAGAUGAAGUCGAAGUCUUUACAAUUUCAGACUGCUUGUGCGAUCCACCAUGUUGGGAAGGAGAAACUUGCAAUGAAAUGACAGGGAAAUGCAUGUGUGAUGCGAGCCUAAGAGGAGAAGAAAUGUGCCGAAGGAGGCAAGAAUUGCAAGUUAUUAGGGACAGACAUUGUUAUAAUAACUGGGCUCAUCGCAGGGUGACUGACUGCAAUGGUCGACUAUUUGCUCGUUAUGGCGUCAUAAAUGGCCAGACAACACCCCAGUGGCGGUGUUAUUAUGAAGAGGCACUCACCUGGGAUCUCAAGCAUUACGACACGACGAAAAGUUCGCCCUGUUUUCACACAAAGAGUGGAUUGGAACUUUUCACAAAUGAAGUGCCUGUCGUGGAUAUUUACGUCCGAAGCGAAGGCUAUAAUGACGUAAACACUGGUUUCCCGCUCUCUUUCAUCAAGGUGAACGGUCAGGAAUACUCUUCUAGCCGCAGGGGACAUAACGUUGUUAUUGUGGAUAGUUCAACAGGUACAGUGCUUAGAAGGGAAGGAUUUGAUACUUAUGCAAGCACACAGAAUGCCGAAGCAUUCAGAGACUUUCUGAACACCGCAAGUGGAAACCAAAUUGUUUUAGUUGCCAUUCAAGACAGCUCAAGACACGGUGAGCCAGUGGUUGAUGCCCUCAAAAGACUUGGCGCCACUGAUCCCAUUUAUUAUCGUAAAAGAGAAAGUUUUGCUUUCGUCGGAUACGCAGGAAACAACAAGUGA